AGUGCACCAUUCAGUACCAGACUUGUAGUAGAACAUGAUAUUCCCACACGAAUUACUCAUACAAGUUCAAUUUGCAGCUCCCAGGCAAGGCGAUUACCCACCGCACUCAUUAUCGGUGUACGGAAAGGUGGCACACGAGCACUGCUUGAUGCAAUGGCACUACAUCCGAAUAUUCGAGCUGUUAGAAAAGAAGCACAUUUCUUCGAUCUGAACUAUUCGAAAGGAAUCGACUGGUAUCAAUCGAUGAUGCCCCACAGUACCCCUGAUCAGGUGGUUGUGGAAAAAACACCAGGCUAUUUCACUUCAGCAGUGGCUCCAAAACGUGUACGUGAACUCAAUCCAGCAAUGAAGAUCGUCCUAAUUGUCCGAGAUCCUACUCAAAGAACUAUCAGUGAUUUUACUCAGGUAUACUACAAUAAACUGGAGCAGAAUAAAACUCUUCCGGUUUUCGACAAGGAAGCAUUCCUUCCUGGUACAGAAUUGAUCAACCCGGAGUAUAAACCUGUUCGAAAUUCCCUUUAUGAUGUACAUAUGGCAAAUUGGUUACGAUAUUUUUCUAUGGAACAGAUAUUGGUCGUAAAUGGUGAUGUGUUUCGAGGGAAUCCUAUCAACGAGCUUCGUCGCGUCGAGACUUUCCUCGGUCUGCCGCACAAAAUCACAAACGAUCAGUUGAUCUUCAACGAACGCAAGGGAUUUUUCUGUUUCCGUCAGUCGCCACGAACACGAGUGAAGUGUCUUGGUAGCACAAAGGGCCGACCUCAUCGCGAUAUCGCCGACGACAUCGUAGCGAAGCUGCGACGGAAUCUUCAACCACAUAAUUUACGGUUCUUUAGUUUGGUAAACAGGACUUUCUUGUGGUAG